AAAAAAACGUUCCAAACGAGAGCCAAAAAAAAAACAUAAAAAUAAAAAGCCAAAUAAUAAGAAAACCCCAAAACCAAAACGAAGAGAGAGAAUCAAAUCUCUCUCUUUCCGAUCAGAUCGGACACCCUCUGUCUGAAUCCCAACCCACCGCACACAAUUUCUUCUUCUCAACGUUUCAAUUCUCAAUUUUUCAAAAACUUUUCCCGUUUUCAUCAAUUCGAAUCUUAUUGUUUUUUUGCACUGUUUUCGUUACCAAAUUCUGUGAUCUGUGGAAUUCCUUGUGAUUUUAGGGUUUGGGGUUGCUGGAUUCGGGUUCAUUGCGACGGUGAUGGCAAUUUGCGCGUUGAAGUUUUGAAUUUGUGGAUAUUUUUUCGUUCUGAAUCGUUUUUUCGUGGUUCUCUAAUGGCGUCGGCUCAGGUGCUGCCAAACUCCACCGCGUCGUCGCGGAAGCAAGAGCAUCUUGAAGCUGGCAAGCGCCGGCUGGAGGAGUUUCGUAAAAAGAAAGCUGCAGAGCGGACCAAGAAGGCUGCUUCCUCUGGCCAAGUUCACAAUUCUGAUGAUAGCUUGAAUAAAAAACAAUCUUCUGAAGUUGAAAAUGUACGUGUUAAUGAGUCAGAUGGAGUUACCACGUCUGAUGCUGUCGGGGGAUCUGUUACUGACACUUCAACUUUGGGGAUGAGGAAUGAUAAGAACCUGAAUUUGUUUAGCCAAAGUAGUAAUCAAGGGUCUUUGGCUGGUAGUACGUUUCUUACAAGAAAUGAUCUUAAUAUGUCAUCUACAAGUCUGGGGGAAGCACAUUCCAAUAUUGAUGAAGGUAAGAGAUAUAAUGCUUCUUCUGUUACCGCAUCUGCUGAUUUUAGUCAAAACAAUGAGAGAAAUAAGGUGAAUGAUAUAUAUGGAAUUCAUGCUGUUGGUGUUGAUGGGAUUCCAUAUGUGACAACAAACCACCAAAGCGUUCCUCUAUGCUCGCAAGAAAGUCAAGAGUUUGAUAAUCAUGCGACAUCUAGUCUUCAUGGGGUGAAUGACAACCAAUCAAACAAGAGUAACAGUUCUUUGAAGGAUUAUGCAGUUACUGAUAAUUUCUCUUCGUAUUUUCCUUCAAAAAUCACCCCUCAGAACUCUGUUGAUACUCCACUGCAAAUCAAGCCAACGAAUUCUAGCACUUUUGAUAGUGGCUACUCACAUAGUUUGCUUUCUGGAGGUUUCAGUGAUUCUUUCAGUUCCAAGUUUAGAGAGACUGUUACUAGCUCUGAUAAUAAUUUGCCUAGUCUUCAUGGUGCAACUAUGCCAAAAUAUGAUUCCACAGGUUAUGAAGCAAGAAAUUCUUCUAAUCAUACACCAAUACAUUCAUUGCCAACGGAAUCUAGUUCUCGGAGGUCACGUCCAUCUUUUCUCGAUUCUCUUAAUGUCACCAGACCUUCUUUGGGGUCUCCAUUUCAUCAAUCGGAGCAAGAUUCCUUGAUGUCCAAUUAUUUAGAAUCAAGCAGCAAUGAUAUAUCAGGAUCUGCUUAUUUCCAUAAGCCGUCUGAAGAGACUAAAAUUAUGCCACUUUUCUCCAAUUUUACAACUGCAAAUGUUCAUAGUUCACUUGAGCCGUUAACAACCCCUUCAGUUGUUGAUAAUGACAAUCAAGGUGCUCUGAUAACAAGCACUAGGGAAAAUGGCAUGGAGAAGAAGCACGAUUAUUACUCAUCUUCACAAAAUGAAGACUUCACUGCUUUAGAACAGCAUAUUGAAGAUCUAACAAAAGAAAAGUUUUCUUUGCAACGUGCUCUUGAGGCUUCUCGAACGUUAGCAGAGUCACUAGCUACUGAAAAUUCAACUCUGACUGAUAAUUAUAAUCAACAGAGAAGUGUCGUCAACCAAUUAAAAUCAGACAUGGAAAAUUUACACGAAGAUAUCAAAGCCCGACUGGUUGAGCUUGAGGCUAUCAAGAGUGAAUAUACAAAUGCACAACUAGAAUGUAAUGCAGCUGAUGAGCGUGCUAAGUUAUUGGCAUCUGAAGUAAUUGGUUUAGAGGAGAAGGCACUGAGACUAAGAUCCAGUGAACUAAAGCUUGAGAAGCAGUUGGAAAAUGCAAAAGAAGAAAUUUCUUCAUACAGAAAGAAAAUGUCUAGCCUAGACAAAGACCGCCAUGAUUUGCAGUCAACCAUCGAGGCUCUUCAAGAGGAAAAGAAGAUGUUGCUUUCUAAGCUGCGAAAGGCUUCAGGAAUUGGAAAGUCUAUUGAGAAUCAAACAAGUAAAAGGGAUGUUUCUACAUCUACGGAGGAUUUAGCAAGCGAAGAUCCUGCUUCUAACUCUUCCAACCCAGAAAUCAAUGAUAAUGCUGCUGAGGCCUCUAGUUUGUCCUCAGUUACUGAAACUAGACACUCAUCUUUUGGAGUUUCUCCUGUGAAUAUUCCUCACGAUCAGAUGAGAAUGAUUGAGAACAUUAAUGCACUUAUUUCUGAGCUGGCAUUGGAGAAAGAAGAAUUGAUAAAAGCCUUGACAUCUGAAUCAUCUGAGUGUUCUAGGAUGAAGGAAAUCAACAUGGAGUUGUCCCGAAAGCUUGAGGUCCAGACACAAAGAUUAGAGCUUUUGACUGCUCAAAGCAUGGUCAAUGAAAAUAUUUCUGCAAAGCAACCAGAUUCUCGUGCUAUGUAUGAGAACACCUCAUAUGCAGAUGAGGGUGAUGAGGUUGUGGAAAGGGUGUUGGGAUGGAUUAUGAAGCUCUUUCCUGGUGGACCUUCAAGACGGAGAACCAGCAAACUUCUUUGAUUGGAUUUACAUUAGACUUGUAUUUGUUGUCACCAAAGUCUUACUCAACUGUUAGGAAGGAUCAUGAAGCUGUUCCCCAGUAUGCCACUAAGGUCAAGAAUCAGAACAUUUCAAUCCCAGAUCCACGAGUAACAUGUCGACAAAAGUCUACUGAGUUGCUUUUUGUUCUUGUAACCUCCUCAACACACUGGAGGUCGUAAUCUGUAAAUUUUGAGUGAAUUAUACAACAAAUUCUUGAAAAGAAAUGGCUUUCUCUUCUGAGCUGCUGCUCAUUGAUCGGUGAAUCAGGCUGCAAUUAUUUUGGAAGAUGGCAAUAAAAUCUGUUCUUCGGUUUUAUCUCUUUGAUUUAAUUCCAAAUUUUGUGGGAUAAUAGUUGACUAUGAAAGAGACUGUACCAAGAAGCAUAGUGGGAGAGUCAGAGAUCAGUUGUUAGAGAUAAGUAUGAGAUGUGAGAACAUUUGUUGAAUGUAUAUUGCUAGAGGGAAGUGCAGAAGAUGAUUAUAUUGAUAUAUAAUUGGAGUAUCUAUUUUUAAGUGCUUCAGCUUCAAA